AUGCAAGGCACACUAAACAUGCGCGAUCUCGGAGGCCUUUGCACGAGUGACGGGCGACGCAUCAUAAAAGGCCGUCUGCUUCGAAGUGCAAACCUCGCCCAAAUCACCAGCAACGAUGUCACGAAACUGGAACGACUUGGGGUGAAGAAAGUCGUAGACCUGCGCGGUCCAAAGGAAGCUCUCGACCAACCCGACCAUGUACCUGCAGGUACGGCAAUCAUCUCAAGUCCAAUCAUCGGCAGCAACACCGGCGACGAAAUCAACGACUCCACUAUCCGAAAACUAGUCAUUGGUGCAGGACUCCCGGAAUCAAUGCUCGAUGUCGCCGAAGUCACCAAACAUGGUCCAUACUACCGCAUGCUCUUUCUCGUAGACAGUUAUGGCACAAAAAGCCAUACAUCACGAUUAUCCAGAUACCGUCCUUUUUUCCACGCUGUCAUCGAUCUAGCGCCCGACGAAACAAUCUUGGUACAUUGUACUGGAGGCCGCGACCGCACUGGAGUGGGAAUAGCACUACUACUCCGCGCACUCGGAGUGUGCCAACAAGACAUCGAAGCCGACUUUGUGGCUUCAAACCAUGCCCUCCAGCCCGAGCGCGAAGACCCAAACUCGACAGCUUUUCUGCGGUUUCAUGCUGCCAAUGUGUUUUUGCAACCGCCGACCAACAAACACUACCAACAAAUUACAAGACAACUCGGUGCUUCUCCAGAGAUCAUCAGGGAUGCUGUGAAAUUGAGAGUGGAUCUGCUGAGGCUCAUGUUCGAGUCCAUAGAUGCUCAGUAUGGUUCUUUUUCUUCGUUCCUCGAGAGUCAGUUGGGAGUGGGUCCGCAGGAGUUGGAAAUCUUGAAAAGCAAACUUUUGGCGUAG